AUGUCCCUCUACACUACCAUUAAGACUCCCAAUGUCACUUAUGAACAGCCUCUUGGCCUGUUCAUCAACAACGAGUUCGUCAAGAGUGUUGACGGCAGGACUUUCGAGACCCUAAACCCCACCACCGAAAAGCCCAUCACCUCCGUCUAUGAGGCUUCCGAGAAGGAUGUCGACAUCGCUGUCAAGGCUGCCCGUGAAGCCUUUGAGGGUCCCUGGAAGAAGGUGACCCCCUCGGACCGUGGUCGUAUGCUGACCAAGCUGUCCGAGCUCUUCGAGCGUGAUAUGGAGACCCUGGCUUCCAUUGAGGCCCUCGAUAACGGCAAGGCCGUCACUAUGGCCAAGGUCGAUAUUGCCAAUGCGGCUGGCUGCCUACGCUACUACGGUGGCUGGGCCGACAAGAUCACUGGCCAGACCAUUGACACUAAUUCCGAGACUCUUUCCUAUACCCGCCACGAGCCCGUUGGUGUCUGUGGUCAGAUCAUCCCCUGGAACUUCCCUAUUCUUAUGUGGGCCUGGAAGAUUGGUCCCGCUAUCGCUGCCGGUAAUACUGUGAUCAUUAAGACCGCUGAGCAGACCCCUCUUUCUGGUGUUAUUAACGUUAUCUCCGGCUUCGGUCGUGUUGCUGGUGCCGCUAUCUCGAGCCAUAUGGACAUUGAUAAGAUCGCCUUUACUGGUUCUACCCUUGUCGGCCGUAUGAUCCUACAGGCCGCUGCGAAGUCUAACCUAAAGAAGGUUACUCUAGAGCUGGGUGGCAAGUCCCCCAACAUCGUCUUCGAGGAUGCCGAUAUUGACAACGCUAUCUCAUGGGCUAACUUUGGUAUCUUCUUCAACCACGGCCAGUGCUGCUGCGCCGGUUCUCGCUUGUUAGUCCAGGAGAGCAUUCACGAUAAGUUUGUGGCUCGCUUUAAGGAGCGUGCUGCCCAGAACAAGCUCGGCAACCCCUUCGAGGGUGACACCUUCCAGGGCCCUCAGGUUUCGCAGCUUCAGUUUGACCGUAUCAUGGAGUACAUCAACCACGGCAAGAAAGAGGGUGCCACUGUCGCUUUUGGUGGUGAGCGCCACGGUACUGAGGGCUACUUCAUCCAGCCCACUGUUUUUACCGACGUCACUCCCGAUAUGAAGAUCGCCCAAGAGGAAAUCUUCGGCCCUGUUAUCGCCGUUACCAAGUUCAAAGAUGAGGCCGAUGCCAUUCGUAUUGGCAAUGGCACCAACUACGGUCUCGCUGCCGCCGUCCACACCAAGAACAUCAACACUGCCAUCCGCGUUUCUAACGCUCUUAAGGCUGGUACCGUGUGGAUCAACAACUACAACAUGAUCUCUUACCAGGCUCCCUUCGGUGGCUUCAAGGAGUCCGGCAUUGGCCGUGAGCUCGGGUCAUAUGCUCUUGAGAAUUACACCCAGGUCAAGACUGUGCACUACCGCCUAGGCGAUGCUCUGUUCUAA